UUAGGAAGCGAUGUCGUCAUGUUAGGUUAGGUCUGGCAGACGAGAAGUGCCGAAUCUAGUGCGCGUGUCGUACUAUCGUGUCGCUAUUUAGCUAUUGUACUAUAAAAGUAAAGUAAAAAGAUUGCGUUUAUGGUGUAACAAAUCACAAAAUAUAAAGAAUUUUUUAGGAUAAUUGAAUACAAUAAUGGCUGCAAGACUCAAAGGCUGGAGAUAUGUAGCAUUUCUUGGAACUUUUGCUGGUUCAGUAUGCACUUUUCUAUACUUUACUGCAGUUAGGCCUAUGAUUGAUCCAGAACCAUACAAGAAAAUAAGGGAACAGGUGUUACCCAAACUUCCAAAGUCGGAGUGGUAAAGUGGACAAAUUCAAUAGACUAUAAGAGUGCUUGUUAAGAUGUAAUUUAUUGUACAAUAAUAUAACAUCCAGUGAUGUAUAUAUAAAAUAAUCAAUGUAUUUUUUCUUCGUUAUCAAAUAAAACUGUACAUUAUUUCACAGUA